UGGGCUGGUGCUCUGCCUUAGCCGCUCACCUUUGCGUUAUCGUCUCAUUGUUUCUAUCAGCCUACUCACCAUGAGAUCCUCCAGUACUCGUGUUAUUCACCAAAAUCUGGUCGACUUAGAUAUGGACGGCCUGGAUGUCAAGUUGAUCAGCUUAUCUGAUGUCAACAAGGACCCUAAAGACUUGGAUACCAUCGUUGGUCGCAACGAAGGCCGUGCGCUUGGCCUUUCUGCCGCAUACUCACCCUUCGGUGGUCUCCGCCUACUUGCUGUCGCUGACGCCACAACUGUGGUGAUCAUCGAUUUCGAGUCGGAUAUCAGCAAGGACAACGGGCGCGUUAGUCCGCCUAACGAUCUCAGCGCGGCGCCGUCCAAUUAUCUGCGCGACCUCGUUCUCCAACGCUCCACUGGUCACGUAUAUGCCUUCGAUAUGGCUCCGUUGGCCCUGUCGCUCUGGCAAAGCCAUGGUCUCCGUAUCCAGCAGGCAGUCGACGUGCAGUGCGUCGGAUCUCCCAAUUCCCGCGCCCCCUUCAGUACCAUCAAAUUUGCUGUCGGUGACACGGCUCGCGUAUUCAAAGAUAAUGUUGUACGAGCUUUCAAUGACUACAUAUUCCAUGUACCGGACGACCCGGCGAGCAGCCAAACGACAACACCACUCGCUCAACGGGCAUGGGUGACGCACUUCAUCUCGCAGCUCAGUUCAAUGGAAGGUAGGCUCGCCGAUGUGCCUCCGAUUAACAUGGCAAGGUUCUCAGAUACACUCCUUCGAUUCCUGGCGAAGAGUACGAUAGACGCCUUUCGGCUUGAAGAGCAAAGGCCACGUGAAACUACUCGUACCGUGAUGGCAACCUCUUCCAGAGGCCGGGGAGAAGUGACCGCAAGAGUCGAUCGAUACCAAAAUAGAAUUCGUGUAGGUAAUCAGCAGCAAAUUCGUAUUCAUGUCCCUCCUACACACACUGUGGGGGGCUAUGCAAUCUCUGCAAGCAUUGCUGCAGCUCGUGGUGAGGGUGCUAGGUUGAGGACUGAGGGGUCCCUUGGUGCUGGUAGGCAGACUGCUGCCAUUACCCUUGUUGGCAGGGAGGACCCCACUGCUGCAGAGGUCAAGAGGGCUCAGAUUAUUCUCUUCAUCCUGCAAGGGAAAAUUUCUACAGAGGGUGAAAGUCUCAAUCCUUGGGUUCAUCAGAUUUACCUUGACCCCAGUGAUGACUUCACAUGGCCAGCUGAAUGGGCCAGUGCCUUGUCCCCUGUCAAGUUCAACCCAGCCAACACAUCAUACCCUCUCAAUUCUUCCCAGGUAAAGGCAGUGAGGAGGAUGCUUGAUGAAUCCAAUGAUUAUAGGGCUACCAUUAUUCAGGGUCCUCCAGGCACUGGGAAAACCACAGUUAUUGCUGCCUUUGUUCAGGCUGCUGUGAGGGCAGGGAGAAGGGGUAUCUGGCUGAUAGCCCAGUCCAACAUUGCUGUGAAAAAUAUUGCUGAGAAGUUGGCUAAGUUUGGUCUGGGAAACUGGAAACUUCUAGUGUCAGCUGACUUUUUUGAAUUUUGGCAUGAACACCUUUAUGCCAAUAUUCGUGCCAACAUUAUUGUCAGUGAUGAAUUUGCAGAUAAGAGUGCUCUUUGUGGACAGUUAGCUGGUUGCCCAGUUGUGCUGUGCACACUGAGCAUGCUCUCCAGUAAUGCCCUUCACUACUCUGGAGUUUUUAGGGUGGUCCAACUCCAGACUGUUGUGGUUGAUGAAGCAUCUCAGAUUGAGGUUGGCAGCUACAUCCCCCUGUUUACAACUACCACCACCAUCAGAAAGGUUAUCUUCAUUGGGGAUGACAAACAAUUGCCACCCCAUGGCCAGGAGCAAAUUACUGCAUUGCAGAGUAUUUUUGAAGUGGAGCAUUUGAAAAAACAUAGGAUUUUGCUUGAUACACAGUGUAUGUAUUUUUAUUCUUUUUCUGAUCAGUUAUAUGACUACUGUACAGAUCGCAUGCCACCUCAAAUUGGAGAUUUUAUUUCUGAGGCUGUUUAUGAAGACCUUCUCAAGUCUAAUGGAGUACACCCUCUGGCUGAUACUGAUCUUCCAACCUGCCAUUUUGUAAAUGUACCUGGGGAGCAACUGUCUCAAGGAACCAGUUGGAAGAAUCUCAAAGAAUGCCAAGCAAUUCUUAAGCUGGCUCAAAUCUUUCAGAAUCAGGGGAAGAGAUUCAAGAUCAUUACACCUUAUGAUAGUCAAAGGACAUUGAUUGAGAAUGAACUCAAAAGUGCUGAGAUGCAAUGGGAGGACAAGUGUUUUAAUGUUGAUUCCUUCCAAGGAAAUGAAGAAGACUAUAUCAUCAUUUCCCUUGUUCGUUCUUGGGGGCUAGGGUUCCUUGAAGAUCUUCGAAGAACCAAUGUAAUGCUUACAAGAUGCAAAAGAGGAAUGGUGAUUUUCACAGGCAAGGAGUUUAUGAGAAAGUAUGGGAAAGAGAGUUUGGUGGGCCAGUUACAUGGUUAUUAUGAGGAAGCCUGGACUGAAAUCCAGGAGAUGGGGAACACUACCUUCAUCUGAUAGGUUGAAACAGGUGGGUAAUUGGAUUUCAAGAAAUGUACUUGCUUUCCUUGCUUUGUUAUGUUCUAUGCUACCCUGCUGUUGACAUGUUAGUUGUAUGCUUUUCUGUUUGCUAUGCUCUGUGCUAUCUUGUUGGCUGUCUUCCAUGUAUCAUACUAUACUAGAAAAGAAAAAGAAAAAAGCAAAAGGGGUG